AUGGCAGAGAAGAUCGAGCCUCGACAGAGCGAAGUUGGAGAAGAAAAGGGGUGUACUGUAGGGCUUGAAAAAGGUUGUCCAUCCCUUCAGCGAGAAGAGGCACGUAGCUUGAUCUGCAUCUCUGGAAUUCGAAACUGUGGCAGAGUGCUCUGCAAGGAUGCGUUCACUCGGGAACUCGAUAGCAUCUACGAUGAGGUUUCAUCCAAGAUCGAAGGUUUCGGCUUCUUUGAAGCUGACGUUUCAACUCCACCACCCCGAGUGCUGCAAAGACAACGAGGGGUCGUGCGCACCAACUGCUUCGAUUCCCUGGAUCGAACCAACCUCCUUCAGUACCAGGUGGCUUGGCGCUGGCUGCAAGCUCAACUGCCCACCUUCCAAUCUCCUGUCUCUUCAGGCUACCGCGGCGCCGCGGCCGAGACGGGCCAUCUGCAAGCGACCCUCAGGAGCAUGUGGGCCGACUUGGGCGACGCACUUUCGGAGCAGUACACGGGAACUGCGAGUACCAUGGGUGCUGCCCUGCGACAAGGCGGCCACACGGCCAGAGCCAUGCUGGAGAAGGGCUGGAGGGCAGUGAACCGCGCCUACUGCGCUCACUUCGAAGACGAUGCGCGGCAGUCGGCCAUACAGCUGCUCUUGCGCAGCCAGAAGCUGGCAAAGGCUCCUUCCAUCCCGGAGCUCCGUCGAAGUCCUCAGGGCAAGCUGCGUUUAGCCUUGGCUUCCUGGAACCUCCAUGGCCGCGCACCCUGGCAGUCGACGGAGACCUUGCGAAGCUUGGUGCGAGGAGCUUGCGAGGUCCAGGGCGACGGCGCCCGGGAAAGCCCGGACAUCUUCGUGUUCUGCUUCCAAGAAUUUUCCGAGCUCUCCGCCACCAACGUGGUGCUCCUCAGCUCCGGGGAUGAGCCCCAGCAGGCGCGCUUCGCCUCGGCCGCCGCGGGUGCCCUGAAAGCCGAGCUCGGGGAGAGCUUCUGGGAGCUGCGGAGCUGCGGAAUGGUGGGCCUUUUCGUUGGCGUCUUCGUGGCGGAGCGCUUGGCCGGCUCCGUGAAAUCUGUUUCGGCGGAAAGAGUUCGCUCCGGGCUUUAUGGGCAAGCUGGCAACAAGGGCGCCGUGGCCGUGAGCUUCAAGAUUGAGGAGACCUCGAUCUGCGCCAUGAGCUUGCACUUGGAGAGUGGUCAGAACGGCAAGAAGGCUCAGGAGCGGCUCGAACAGCUUCGGGAGAUCCUCCAAGGCGUAAAGCGACCGAAUGAGGAGAAGGCGAAGUACGACGUGAUGGUUCUAGGUGGUGACUUCAACUUUCGAGCUGCCUUUCCAGAAGCGAUGGGGCAGAUCCCCAAGGUCUUGUUCGAAGGAUGGGGGAAGCCUGCCGGCGUGGCGAGCUCCGAAGGGCGAGUCGGGGAAGGAUCUUACCAGACCAGCGAGGAGGUGAUGCGCCUCUUCCGCGAGUAUGACGAAGUGACGGCAGGGAGGAGCAGGCAGGAGCUCCAGGAGAUUCUGAAGGAGUUCAGCUUGGUGGAGGGCCCCGUGCGCUUCCCUCCCACCUACCGGCUGCUGGAAGGACAAAGUUCCUAUGACCUCGAGCGUCAGCCUGCCUGGUGUGACCGUGUGCUGCACUCCAGGGUCAGCGUGGUCAGAAAGAGCUAUUGUGCACUGGGCCACUUGAACCACACAGACCACCGCCCGGUUUGCGUAAUGCUUGAGUUGCUCUUACUGGCUCUACCGCGACCAGCUGCGAGCCCCACACGGACCCCGCCAAGCACGAGCCCGUCACCAGUGGAUCUGCGCGAGGCCCCUGCGGCCUCACCGCAGGCCGGGGCUGGGCCGUUCGGCCUGGGGCCAGUGAGCCCUGCGACUACAUCGGAGCCUUCCCUCACGCCGGCCACGGUUGGGACUGCACCGACCCUGCCACAGGACUUGUUGGACUUCGAAGACCCGCCACAUGUACCUUCCUCACCGAAGACACCGAUGCAAACUCCGCAAACCCUGCAGACAGGACAGCUGGUCUUGGCAAAGUUCCAGACUGGCUGGUACUUAGCGAAUGUUCUGCGAUACGAUGGCAUCACUGCCGACGUCGCCUGGUUGAGACCUCCAGGGACCGUUUGGGGCAACAAGGAAGAGAUGCAACGUUACCUUUGCUCAACUGGAGCAGACGAAACGCUGCACGGAGAGAAGCUGCAUAUCACAACACACGUCAGGCUGCCGGAGUUGCCCCAGAAAAGUGCCAGCGCGGUCCAAGCGCAGCCGGCACCGCAUCCUUCGAGCUCGCCCUUGACGAACUCGAGCUCCGUCUCAGAUGUGAAGAUCCGUGAUCUGAAGUCCACAGCUGCACAAAAGAUCUUCCAGGACAAGCUGGCCGCCCCACUGAUUGAAGCAAUUGGUGAAUAUUUCGAGCUCCCGCCGAAGAGCGUGGUGGUGGAUGAUGCGUUCAUCGUCAGGUAUGCGACAGACUCUCAAAGGGGGCUCUCCUUUCAUCGGGACGGUUCCAUUGUGAGUUCGAUUGUGACCCUGUCUGACGAGAACGAUUACGUCGGAGGUGGCACCGAGUUCUUGGACGGCAGCGUGUAUCGGCCAUCCCAAGGUGGCGGAAUCCUUUUCGGAGGCCAGCGACUCCACGGCGGUGUGGAGAUCGAACGCGGGGCUCGUUAUAUCUGCACCAUCUUCUUCAAGUGUGGCGGCCUCAGCUGCCGAGACCUGGCGGUCAAGAAAGACAAGGAGGAGGAGGGAGAUCCAGGCAUCUGGGGUGCCCUUGCCAACAUCAUGGGCGUGGGGGCCGGGCUAGAAGCUGCCCCGCAUGCCAGGGAUUUCAUCAUGGACUUUCUGGAGGUGGAGAAAGCUGAGGACAAGAGAAGCCAGGGCGUCUCGCCAGCAAAUAGAGACGGGUCAGCGAGCAGGAGCCGCCCCCUUGCAUUCCCCCAACCGUCCAAAAGCAAGACUCCGCCCAGACAGCGACCGAAAGGAAAGACUGAGCAGAGUCCUCCCACGGCAAGCACAUUUCUUGGUGCAAGCGAUGCAUCAGCACAGAAACAGCCAGUGCCAGAAUUGGCUGCAGGUUCAGCACCACCUUCGCCACGCUCCGCCUUCCUAGAUUUCACUGGUCCUAGCACAUCCACACAGCGAGCGGACCAAGAGCAUUUGCCAAGGGAGGCGGCGACUGCACGAGGGCCGCGAGGGGACGGCAGUGGUCUCAAGCUUCCCAAGCCAUCCAAAAGCAAGACCCCACCAAAGGAGCGGCGCAGCAGCAAUGACCAGCAGAGUACUCCGACAGGCAAUUUCUUUGGAGGAGUUCCUGCUGAAACCAGCUCUUUGACAGAAAAACAAGCAGCACCAGAAUCGGGUGCAGGUUCAGCACCGCUUUCGCCAAUCGCGGACCAAGAGCAUUCUCCAAGGGACGGCAGUGGCUUCAAGCUUCCCAAGCCAUCCAGAAGCAACACUCCGCCAAAGGAGCGGCACAGCAGCCAUGACCAGCAGAGUGAUCCGACGGGCAGUUUCUUUGGAGGAGUUCCUGCUGCAACCAGCUCUUCGGCAGAAAAGCAAGCAGCACCAGAAUCGGCUGCAGGUUUAGCACCGCUUUCGCCAAUCGCGGACCAAGAGCAUUCUCCAAGGGACGGCAGUGGCUUCAAGCUUCCCAAGCCAUCCAGAAGCAACACUCCGCCAAAGGAGCGGCACAGCAGCCAUGACCAGCAGAGUGAUCCGACGGGCAGUUUCUUUGGAGGAGUUCCUGCUGCAACCAGCUCUUCGGCAGAAAAGCAAGCAGCACCAGAAUCGGCUGCAGGUUCAGCACCGCCUUCGCUAAACACUGUGCCAUCAAGAACAGAUGAGCAGCAUAAGCUUACAAGCCCCGCAGCUCAGUCUGCAAAGGAGCAGCUUGCGCAGGCUGCAGAAACAACGGCUGCAGACCCAGCGCCACCUUCGCCACGCUCUGACAAGCAAGCCGUCCAGGAUUUCACAGUGAACAGCGCAGUCACACCACCAGAUGAAGAGCAGGAAGUUCCAAGUCCUGCUGCAGAAACCACGGCCACAGGCAAAACGCCACUCACGCAAGUUUCCAACGGGCAGACAGAUGGAGAUGGAUUAGGCCGCAACAGCCAGUUUCAUCCCCAGGCGAGGGUGCCAGACUUGCCAGAUGCGAGCUCACUGCUGGGAGUGGAGACUCAGACGGAAGGAAGGCCCCCUCCCCCUCUCCCCCCUCCCUCACAGCCUGGCGGCACGAUACUCGUAGCUCAGGGGACUCCCUUGGAAGUGCCCAGAAGUGAUCAGCACCAAGAGGCUACUCGUAGCGAUCCCUUGACAGCUUUGGCAGAGUCCCGGCUAGCUCGAAACGAUGCGGGAGAUCAGGCUUUGUCUUUGGAGGCUUCCACCCAGCUGCGAAGGUCGGACAGCCAGCGGCCAGCCGCAGUUCCGGCGCCUGGCGAAGGACUCGAGCAGGUCGUCUCGGAGCCUCAGUUUUCGGAGUCCUCGGAGCCCCUGCGCUCGGAGGCUCCGGCGCUCACGGUGGAGUCCGUAAGCCUUGCUUACACCCGGCUCCAUGCGCGGAAGGCCUCGCCAAAGAAGCGAGUCAAAGAGCGUGACUUUGCGAAAGCUGCUCAGAAGCCGCCGGGGCCAGGUCCCUCUCCCUUGGCGCGCGAGAUUUCCAUGGCAGCGGCAGCGAGUCGCAUCCAAGCCAUGUACCGUCGGCGACGAGAGCGGCGAGAGCGCCUGCAUGCUGCGUCGACGCCUGCGAAGCUCAAACACAUGGAGCGAUUGCACGCGGCGCUCCGCAUCCAGGCAGCAUUCCGAGGACGGCGAGAGCGGCGGGCCUUGAAGGUCGUGAGAGACACGAGAGCAGCUGGCAUGCGAAUCGCGGCAACCGCGCGCCUCCGUGUGAAAGUCCACAAGCUACACCCGGUACAUGACAGCUCCUCGGCCUCGCCAUCACCGCCAAGCCGCGACCAAGCCCAGUCCUUCCUACCAGCAGCAGACGAAGGCGAGGCACCAAGCUCCCAGGAACCUGCGGCCGUGGAUCAGAUUCGAGGUGCAUGCCGUGCUUGGCUGGCACGUAGAACCCUUGUCUCGCUGCAGCAAAAGAGGGUGCAAGCUUCUGUCAUCAAGAUCCAAGCACUGGCGAGAAUGCGACUCGCCCAGAAUCUGCGAAAAGAGAAGGCCAAGCUACACGUCUCCUCGAUUGCGAGCCUUCGCAUGAGGGCGGUCCGUAUCCACAAGCUGCACGAAGCCACCGGUACCGGCGGUACCGGUAGCUCUCGCAGCCGCUCCGCAAGUCCCAAAGGCUUCUUCGACUCGCCUACUGAGGUUGUGGAAGUUGAAGAAAGAGAUCUGUCGAAGCCCCAGCUGCCGGCAUUUUCGGCGGCAGCAGAGGCCGAGGCCGAAAGGCAUCGAGCAGCUGUGCGGAUCCAGGCCUUACAGCGAGGCCGGCUGGCACGCAGGGAGCAAGCCGCCAAGAGAAGGACCGGGAUGGACAUCGCCUCGAUCGGCGCGCUGCGGGUGAAAGUCUACAAGCUCCACCAGGGUCGGUCAGAGUCAUCGCCCGCAAGCAAGAAAGCAGAGGAAAGCAGCGCCAGCUUUUUUGACACAGCCGCAACCGGCGCCACUCCAUCGAGGUUGAGCUCGGUGACUGCGGAGCGGCAGCGGGAGGAUGCAGCUGUGAGGAUCCAAGCUUGCUACCGAGGCCGCCAGGGACGUCGGCUUGCGGAGCAAAAGGCAGUCACUGCAGUUGCCAACGCGGCACCAACCGCUUUGGAAAGCGUUCGUCGGUCUUUGGUGACUGCAGGCUUCGCAGUGGUCGGGGAGGCGAAUGCCGAAAUUGGGCGUUUGCUGCACCGUGCUAGCCUUGGCUUAGAGGAGGCCGCUGCUAUGGGUGAUCGGGCUGCGCAAAGGGCAUCCAUCGCUUUGGGGGAGACCCUGCUGCACAUGGUGGUGGAUGCCAGCACGCCUCCCAUUUCGCCUGUGCCCGGAUCAAACGUCGGGUCAAAUCUGGGCUCAGAUGCAGAUGCUGCAGGCUCAGACGAAUCCGAAGCUUCGCCAAUCUCCCCGAGAAAGGAAGUCUUGGAGCUUUCCAAGUCCAUGGAAAAGUCCUGUGUGCGCGUCGAGGCUUGGCUGGAGAAGCGAAGGCACUCGGGGAACCGGGCGAAGACGCCAGCGCUCAGGAUGGGCAUCUCACCUUUGGUGCAGAGGAGGCGAGAGCUCCGAGAGCUCUCAGAGGUGCAGACGCUCAAGAGGAAGAGCAUGAGCAGAGAUAUCGAGAGCAGGCGAGAAAGCGCAGACGGUGACGAUGAAGUCGAGAAGCUACGGGCUGACUUACACAACACAAGCAUCAGGAAGCUUGCUGAGGAGCAAGAUAAGAAGCUGGAGCUACUUCAGCUGGCCCCAUCCUUUGUUCCAGGCAAGCAGUGCUCCAAAUGUGGGCAGCAGGUUGGCUUCGAUUUCACCUCAGCGAGCUCAGAGCUUGAGUUCAGCAUUUGGGGCGUUUGCUCCUCCUGCCAAGCAGAGCUCUUCGGCAGAGGGCCAGGGCUGCCAGAAGCCGAGCGAGACUAUGUCUUGGUCGGUGAAGGCUCUGGGCAUUUCGAAGCUUUGUCGCCAUUUCAUCCCAUGCCAGUUGCCUACCCGGGGCCCGAAGCUGUUUGGGCUUCGCCCUACCACCUCUUCAUGGCCCAGCAUUUUCUGGACCGACGAUGCCGUGAGCUGGUUCGAAAGGUCAAACCGGCUGCAGCCAAUCUGCGGUCUCUGAUCUCGCAGGACCCACUGCGAAAUGCAGUUCGGGAUGAUUGGCACCUCGGCUGGGCCGUGAAGGCGAUGCGCCACUGUAUUUUCCUAGCGAUGGAUCAGCACCCGGCGCUGGCAGCUUUGCUGGUGAAGACAGGCCACGCUCGCAUUGUCUUUAUGGAGGACCGUUUCUGGGGAGCUGCUCUGGUGAACAGCGACUUCGUCGGUGAAAACCUGGUUGGGAAGAUUCUCGAGGAAAAGCGUAUGCUUCUCAGGUGUGGCAUACCUACCUAG